AUGAAAGGAGUUAAGAUUAAAUAUAGUAGUGUGGUUUUAAUUCGAUUCGAGGUCAGAGAAUAUCCGGCGACUGAUAUAACUCAAAGCUCCGACAGGGCGAGGAAGGGUUUGUUUGUGUACAUGGCAGCUUUGCAAAUGUCUCGUGAAUGGAUUGGUAUUCAGCAGUUCCCAUCCGCUACUCAAUCUAAGUUGCUUGAGAUCCUUGACAAGUUCAAAGAAGAGGAUGUGAGCUCGCUAACAGUACUUGUAAUGGGGAAAGGCGGUGUUGGAAAGUCUUCUACUGUUAAUUCAGUUGUAGGAGAAAAAGCUGCUGCAGUCAGUACUUUCCAGUCUGAAGGAUUGAGACCGUCCUUGGUCUCUCGCUCAAGGUCUGGUUUUACAUUAAACAUCAUCGACACUCCUGGUCUUAUUGAGGGAGGAUAUGUUAAUGAUCAAGCCGUCAACCUUAUCAAAGGAUUUCUCCUGAACAAGACUAUAGAUGUGCUACUAUACGUAGACCGUUUGGAUGUAUACCGGGUCGAUGACUUGGAUAGGCAGGUGGUGACGGCUAUAACAGAUGCAUUUGGUAAAGAGAUAUGGAAGAAGUCUGCUCUUGUCCUCAGUCAUGCUCAGUUCACACCACCUGACGGAUUAAAUUAUGAUCUCUUCGUCUCUAGAAGAUCUGAUGCUCUCUUGAAAUUGAUUCGUGCUGCUGCUCAGCUCAAGAAACAGGAUUUGCAGGAUUCAUUGAUACCUGUCAUACUUGUUGAGAACAGUGGAAGGUGUCAUAAGAAUGAAAGCGAGGAAAAGAUUCUUCCAGGGGGAACUAGUUGGAUUCCCAGUCUGUUCAAGACAGUUACAGAGAUCUCCUUUAAUGGCAACAAGUCGAUUCACGUUGACAAGAAACUUGUGGAAGGGCCAAACCCGAACGAGAGAUGGAAACGACUAAUUCCAUUAAUCUUUACAUUCCAAUACCUGUUAGUGAUGAAGCCAUUGGUUAGAGCAAUCAAGUCUGAUGUCUCUAGAGAGAGUAAACCGGCUUGGGAGAUGCGAGACUCCGGUUCAGCAAGUCGAAGGUCUUAACUCGGGUUUUGGUUUUGUUUGUCUUGAGAAAUUUCUGUAACGACGUUGAAGCUUUUAUGUGUUUUGAGUUAUUUUGUAUUUAACUACGAAGGAAUUGGUAAUACGAUAAUUAAGAAGACUUCUUGAUGAAUUGAUUACCG